AAAGCGUGCGCGUGUUCUUGUCAUGGUUUUGGCUUCGCCUUCUUUUCGUCGUCUUCAGUUGAUGAUUUUUGCGUGUUUUGCGCCGCAUGCAACCAUGCAAGCGAUGGUACAUAUAUCGAAACGUUUGACAAAAGGAACGGGCGAAAGUUUUUCUAUAACGAUGAGACGUCAAAUUUUUGGCUUUAUAAAAAAAUUUUCGUGUGACGAGUUCGUUGUCGAAAACAACCAUUAAAUAUUAUUUAAAACAUUUACAACGAUUAAGUAUUUCCUGUGAGCAACUUCUGCGGGUGCGGCGGUGCAAGUUGAUCGUGAAAAAAACAAAAGAAAGAAAAAAAAUCAAUUGCUGAUUCUCUGUGCUCGGGCCAAUUUCAAUUUUAUUUCUGCGUAUAUUUGUGUGCAAAAAGAAACAGAAGGAAAGGCAAACGAAAGGAAAGGAGGCGAAGAAGAAAAGCGAAAAUAGCCACGGAAAAGAAAACUAAAUGAGAACAAAAAUUAAGUCAUUGAAGCCACAGACACGGAAAAAUAGACGACAAACGUCGAAGUUAGAAGAAAAUGAGGCACGAGCCGAGAUGAGAAUCAAAAGAGACAGAAACAGUGACUAGUGCAGCAGCGACAGCAGCAGAGCAGAGCAGUAGCAACCGCAGCAGCAGUAUAAAUAAAUAAAUAAUACGAAGCAAAGAAAGCAGCAGUGGUGCAGAUUAGUGUGUGCUACUCGCAUUAUAAUCAAGUUUCAUGCAAUAAGAUUAUAUAUAUUUAUAUAUAUAUAUCAAGUGAAAAUCAAAAUUUCCAAUUAAAAGUCUCAACUGGGUGGCAGCAGUAGCAGCGCAGCAGCAGCAGCCGCCGCCGCAACAAGGCAGUGCGCGUGUGUGUGUGUGUGUGCGUGCGUGCGUGUGUGAGUGAGCGAGUGCAAGCUUGUGUGUGUGUGGUGUGCGCUGUGUCUGUGUGUGUGUGUGUGUCGUUUGUGCAAGUUUUUGGGGGCUGUCGGGUGUUCGUUUUGAAAGAGGAGUAGAAAAAAGAAGAAGAGCCGAGUUGUGUCUUUAAGUGUCUGUGUGUGUGUGUGUGUGUGUGUACGGAAUUCUUGACAAUUCCCCAACAUACGUUACCAUGGAAUAUUACCUAGGAGGUUACGUCUAUAUGAAUGGAGAUGCAGUCAAGAUUCAGCCGCCUGUUUAUACCAAUGUUCCUGUUGAAACGGCAAUGUUAGCCACCAAUUUGUUUGGCACGACGACGCAGAUUGCAGCUCCUCCGACCGCAGCCACUCAUAUACCGUUGAUCACAGCAGCAGCAGCAGCCGCUGCCGCAGCAGGAGCAACAACAACAACAGCAGUAGCAGCUGCAGCAGCGCCCCCAUCAGCACAGCCCGCACAGCAUCCACAACAACAACAGCAGCAGCAGCAGCAACAACAACAGCAUCCACAUCAGCAGCAGCAACAGCUCAUCUCGCAUACGCACGCUUCGCACGCUCACGCUGUGGCAGUUGCCGCCGCCGCAGCCGCCGCACAGCAGCAACAACAACAGCAGCAGCAGCAACAACAAUCAACACAGACUAUACAAACGGUGCAAGCGGUAACGUCGUCAACGGGACAAGUGCAUCUGCAGGCGCAUCCACAUCCGCAUCCGGGACAACAACAGCAUUUGCAGUACGGACAUCCGGUGGCGACGCCACUGUCUCUGCCGCUGCCGCUGCCGUCCACUGGCGACGCAAUCGACAAUACCGAAUACGCCAUCAUGAAUGGAGCCAUUGCUCAGACUCAGGAUGGCAACCUCGUUUGCUACACUACAGAGGCCCUUGUACCUGGUGUUAACACUACGAAUUUAGUUGCCCUCGAGCAGCAGCCGCAAACGCUGCCGGAGCUUGUGGCACAGCAGCAGCAACAACAACAGCAGCAGCAGCUGGCGGCUGAUGAAUGUGGCAUGCCAUUGGAUAAGCUAAAGCAAAUGCUGGCCACCCAGCUUGAUUAUUACUUUUGCAGAGAGAAUCUGGCAACCGAUACUUAUCUGGUGUCCCAAAUGGACAGCGAUCAAUAUGUGCUCAUAAAGACAGUGGCCAAUUUUAAUCUUGUUAAGAAACUAACCAAGGACAUCAAUUUGAUUACCGAGGUGCUGCGCGAAUCGCCCAACGUUCAGGUCGAUGACGAGGGAUUGCGCGUGCGCCCCAACCACAAACGUUGCAUCAUCAUAUUGCGAGAAAUAUCCGACAACACGCCACUCGAUGACGUCAAGGCACUGUUCAGCAGCGAAAACUGCCCGCGUCCCAUUUCGUGCGAGUUUGCGGCCAACAAUUCGUGGUACAUCACAUUUGAGUCGGAUGAGGAUGCGCAAAAGGCUUACAAGUAUUUGCGCGAGGAGGUUAAAGAGUUUCAGGGGAAACCCAUAAUGGCACGCAUAAAGCCCAAGUCGUUUAUCAACAGAAUAGCUGCAGUACCAAAUAUUAAAAACGGUUAUCGUCUCAAUUCACCGCCAACUGCCACAGUUUAUGAUCCCGCUGCUGCUGCUGCAGCCGGUGUAGCGGCAACAGCUGCUGCUGCCGUUAACUACAAUCCGGCGCAACAGCGUUUUGUCUAUGCCGGCAACGGUGCGGCCAUAGCGGCACCUCCAGUUCCCUAUAGUGGACAAUUAGUGAUUAGUCCCUUUCAGCAGCAACAAUACUAUACUGGUUUAAUGGCUGCACCUUGGCAGGCAGCUCCUGUGGCAACUGGAGCGCAUGGUCAGAAUUUUUAUGAGAUUGGUGGCAACAUAUUUGCCACGAAUGGUUUGGCACCACAAGCUGUGGCUGCCAAUUUUUCGCCUGCACCACCACCCACCGCACAAAUUGUUACCAAUAAGCCGCAGGGCGGCGGCGGUGGACGCUACAAUAGCAAUCAUCGCGGCAAUCCCAAUAAUUUGGGGAGCACGGGACCACGUGGUGAACCGCGCAAUAAACCGCCAAGAAAUGCGCAACAACAACAGACGCCAUCGCAUAUACCCGGUGGCAAUAUAAUUAUGUCCACAGCGUUGCGUUGUGUGGUGCCGGCAACAAUUGUGGAUCCCAUGCAACAGCAGGCACAACAGCAACAUCAGCAGCUGCAGCAACAACAACAGCAGCAGCAGCAGCAACAACAACCAGCUAGCUCCAGUCACAGUGGUCAGCAGGUACAACAACAACAGCAGCAACAACCACAACAACAACAGCAGCAGCAGCAGUCACAACAAAUGGUGGCAACGGGUAAUUCAGCUGGCUCAGCACGUUAUGCCAUCAAGAGCAACUGGAAAGGUGGCAUGCAAAAGAAUCUGGACAAGGGCUAUGGUGCACAUCAUCACUACAGCACACAAGUGCAAACGCUGCCCAGCAGUCAUGGUCAUCAUCAGCCACAGCAACAACAACAACAACAGACGCACUAUCAAUUGCCUUCCUCCAGUGCCGCCGGCACAACUCAUGCAACCUAUGCAAGCAGUACGGCAACACUGUCACUGACACCCCAACCACAACAACAACAGCAGCAACAACAUCACCACCUGGUGGUGCAUGCCCAGCCUGUAGAGCUGCAGGAGACAGCUGCUGCUGGCAGCGAUAAUAAUGUGAGUGUGGAGCAUGCGAGCAGUUCGCACAGCUCUCUCAGCAUGCAACAAAGUCGCAGCAACAUAUCGGCCAGCUCCUCAUCCUCGCUGGCCACCUCCAUUAGUGGCACCAAGGAACCACAGCCAUUGCAUUGGCAGGCACGUCCACGUCGUCGUCGACGUGAUGACGAUGGCGGUGGCAUUAAUUACUCACCUGGCGGUCGUGUUAAUAUCUAUGGUGGUUCACCGCAACAAAUGUUGUCCUCAUCAUCCGCAUCGUCCACUGGCAACGUGCAAUCUGCUGGCGGAACAACGCAUCGCGAAAGUCACUAUAGUAGUCAUGAUGCUGCUUCAGCUCCAGCGCCGCCACAGCAUCGUGGCAAUUACAAGGGCAACAACUAUAAUCCCAAUUAUCAUGCCCAACAGCAUGCGGCGUCCAUGCAUCAUCAUCACCAUCAGAAUCACAGUCACAGCACGGUGCCAUCGUCCCAGCAACAACAGCAGCAGCAGCAACAACAUCAUUUGCCAGCUGCCCAGCAGAGCUCGGGACAUCCGUAUCACCACCAUCAUCAUCAUCACAACUCCAUUGGCAGCAAUGUGGGCAACAGCGGCGGACUUGGUGUCAGUGGCAGCAGCAAUAAUUCAAGCGGUGGCAGCAACAACAACACCAACAGCAGCAGCAGCAACAACAACAACAUGUCCAGCAGCAUUAGCAGCAGCGGUGGUGCAGGAGGAGGAGGCGGUGGUGGUGGUGGCAACAGCAGCACCAGCAAUGAACGCAACUUGCAUCAUGGCGGUGGCAUGGGCUAUCAAGGUCACAGCUCACACCAGCAACAGUUGCAGCAGCAACACCAUCAGCAGCAACAACAACCAGCGGCUCCUGUGCAACCACCGCAAUUUGAUUUAGAGGCAUCUGCCUUUCCACCAUUGCCAGCAACAUCAGGUCCGUCACAUGCUCCACAUCAUCCCAGCAACGCUUCCAUACACAGCGCCAACAGCAACUCCUCAACGGCAGCCGGCUUGAGCCACAAGCAGGCGGCAAAUCAUCAAACUCAGGCUCAUCAUCAGGGGCACAGCUCUGUGGCUGUUGUGGAGAGCAGUAGCGCUGCUGGCGAGGAGUCGCGUUCAAGCAAUCAUCAGCAUGCCGAGGGCAAUGCGCACAGUUCCUCCAACAGUACCACCACCACCAGCACCACCGCUUCCACAGCUCCUGCCACAGGCGGCAAUUGGGCAGAGAAUCGUCUGUCGGAUGUGGUGCGCACGGGCGGCAAAGGCAAAGCACGCAAGGAUGCCAAUGCAGCUGCUGCACACAGCCACAACAAUAGGCAACAUCAUCAGCAGCAACAACAGCAGCAUUUGCCGCAGCAACAGCAACAACAACACUAUCAACAACAACAGCAACAGCAGCGAAAUCUGGCCAUUAGUCCAACGCCGGCCACAAUGGUGGUAAUGGUGCCCACUGAGGAGACGACACGCCCAUUGGGCAACAAUACUAAAAACUUUACUAAGCAGAGCUCUAGUAAUAACCCGAUCCAUGUGAUAAAGUGUGUAACACCAAAUAUCAAUGCCAGCAACAAGUUGAGCAACAACAACAACAAUGCGACGACGUCAGCAACAACAACAACAACAACAGCUGGCGAUGAAUCAACAACAGCUGUUGGCGGUGCUGCCCAGCAGCUGGAUAAAUCAAACAAGACUGAGGAUGAAAUGCAUCCAAAGCAGCAGCAGCAGCAGCAGCGCCAAGUCGAUGGCUAUGGCCAACAGCAGCAGCUGCAGCAACAGCAACCGCAGCAGAUGACAAAUGAGUAUGGGCGCGGUAAUAUGGGCGUGGCCGCAACAUCUGCUGGUACACUGCCAAGCACGGGCGCUGGCGCCUGCAGCGUGGCAACAACCACCACAACAGCAGCAACAACAACGUUAACCAGCGGCCUCAACGAGCUGAGUCUAAGCCAAAGUCAUGGUCAGGGACAGCACAAGAAGCCAUCGCUGGUUGGCGUGCAACAUGCCAAAAAGGAGUCCAACAGCGCCGGCAAAGAUGUCAGCAAACACAAAAGCGUGGCCACAUCCACAUCCACAAACAACGCCAGCAGCAGCAGCAGCGCCACCUCGAACUCUGUAUCCACGGAGAACAUUGCCGCCGCAACGGCCAGCAAACUGAGCUAUGCCCAGGUGGCGCAGCAUCACAAAACCUCCGCCGAGAGCAAAGACGGCACUCUAUCGCCAACUGGCAGUCACAGCCACAAACUGGAGCUUGUCUUUGGCGAUACAUCGUCGGCGUCGUCGCCGACAGUCGACAAAAUAGCACUGACAGUUACAACUGAUAAGCGACUAGGGGCGGGCACAAAUGCAGGUGCAACGGUGGCAAGUGGCAAAGCUGCCAGCGGCACACAGACAACAAUGAACGUCAAUCAGUCGAGCGGUAAUCAAGCGGCCAGCGCCAAGGAUAAGGACGCUGGUCAGCGUGAAUCGCGUCCAAAUGCUGCAAUGAUUGCCGGCAACUCGCGUCAUCAAAGCAAGGAGAAACCAUCGCAACAACAGCAUUAUGGAUCAUCCGCUGAUCACAAUAAUACGAACACGAAUGCCAAUCAGGGUGGCCAAUCGGGUGGUGGUCGCAAAUCGAGAGCAAACAACUCUUAAAAGCAAAGCAGGUCGCCAAAUCCGCGACAAAUGUGAAAUAUACUACUUUGCUAGGGAUGCACACACCCACACACACAAAAAGAGAGAGGUGCAACACCACAGCAACCACAACAUCCACGCACUCUUCAGCCAACCAUCGGCCCAGUACCCGCCCCGCCCCGCCCCACAUCCACUGUACAUAAAUUCCAUGUGUAAAUACAAGCGAAAGCCGAUUUUUUUUUGUUAUAUAUCUAUAAGCGCUAUAUAGAUAUUUUCAAGCUUACCAAGGAGGCAUAUAUAAGUUGUCGUCGCACUGCAGCAGUUAAAAAGACGAAGCAGCUUGGACCAGUUAUCAUAUAAUAUAAUAAAUAGUAGGCAAAGGAAUAAUGGUGCAUAACAUAAAUACACAACAACUAUAUACAAGCAUAUAUAUAUAUGUAUAUGUAUAUGUAUCUGUAUAAUCAGUUAAUCUACACACACACCACACAUACACACACUCAGUUAUAUACAUACUUAUGUAGUUAAUUGCAACAUUUGAGAGAAGAAUGAAAGGAAAUGAUAUGCCCAAGUUAAGUUUACGAUUACGAUUAAUCUAAUCUCUGAAGUUAGCCAAGUUGCAAUCAAUUGCAAUUGUUGUUAACACAAACAGCAACGACAACAAGAACAACAACAAAAAGAUAAACAAUAGCAUUACUCAUUACUUAUUACUCAUUGCUAAAUGCGUAUCAUGAAAUAUGAAGCUCAUGAGAACAUUGUUGAUUAACUAUAUUACUUUUCAUUUGCUUAUAUGCUAAAAACCUACAAAAAACAAAAAACAUUAUAGCCAAAACACACACAUACACACAGAGUGUAUAGUUUAGUAUACAAAAAAAAUUAUAUAUAUAUAAACUAUAUACGCUAGUCCCACACAUUUAUAUUGUUUAUAACAUUUGAUAGUAGGCGACCAUUGAAGUCUUUCGUUUUAGUUGAUUUAGAGUCUUUUUUUUUUUAAUGGGAUUCUUGUACUUAGUUCACGUCAUAAGGGAUCCUUAACAAUAUGACCACAGACUGGCACACCUUCUCACACAACCAUACACACUCACACACACUAAUUUUAUAUUUAUAUGUAUAUGGAAAUACUUGCAUACAUUUUCAAAUUGCAUUUCUUCAACAUAUACAAAAACAAAGCAAUUUUCUCAGUUUGAUGGUUUCACAUAUUUUAACAACAAACAAACAAACAAACAACAACUACUACUACAACAGCAACAAAAAGAACAAACAAACAAGUUUAAAUGCAUUGCUAUAAUAACUAAAACUUUAUAACGCGUAGACAACAACAACUAACUAACUAUCUAAUGUUAAAAAAACAAUUAAACAUAUAUAUAUAUAUUUCUGUACAUACGACAACGACACACACACACACAUACACUUACUAUACAAAAAAAAGGUGCCAUAAACUAAAUACACACACACAAUAAAAAUCUAUGAGGUUUAGGACAACACAAAUAGGCAUUUAAAAUUAUAUUAUAUAUAACACAUAUAUAUAAUCUCUAUCAACAUUAUAAUCUUACAAAUUUGAUUUCUCUCUUUGGUUGUCCUAUAAACAAAACGAAGAAAAAAAAAACAAAACCAUUGUAUUGUAUUUAAUUAAUUUUUUUUUCAAACUUGUUUCUGCUUUUACUUAUUUUUUUUGGUUUUUUUGCUUAAUUUGCAUUAUGAUUUUGUGCGCACAACUUUUCGAUUUUCGGUUGAAGUUCAAGUGUAUAAGCAUGUAAAUUAAACUUAAGGCAUUAACAAAUUGGCAGUAAAAAGAAUAGAUGAAAAAAAUAAUCAAUAUAUAUAUAUAUAUGAAUAUAGACUAAGCGCAUACGAUAUACAUAAACUAUACAGAUAUACAUAAUGCUAAAGCUAUAGCUAUGCUAGUGUUAAGUGAUAUGUUUAGGACUAUCCAUAUACAUAUAUAUAGACUACAUACUACAGGCGAGAGAGAGAGAGAGAGAUAUUCACAUUUGCAACAUGCAACAUGCAACUUGCAACAUUUGUUUUUUGUUUUACGAAAAGAAACGUACGUCUCCGCCCUUUCACUUCCAAUCAAGUAAUCAAUCAAUCAAUCAAUCAACUAAAAACACAAAAUGAAAACAAAAAAUAUUCUCAUUUAUUUUGUUUAUAUACAUAUUUUUUUUUAACAAUUAGCGAACAAUUUAGCCAGGCUAGAGUGAGUGCUCUGCAACUGUUUUAAUAGAUACCAAAUGAGAGAAUUCUCUAACCCUCAUUCACUCUCUUUUGCAUUGUCUCUUUUAUAAUUUUAUUCUCGCUAAGCAAGACUUCCUACACACAUAUAUAUAAAUGAUACAUUAUAUACUAAAAUAUAUAUAUAUAUGUAUAGAUAUGUGUAUAUUUAUUUAAAGUAAAUAUAUUUUGUUUCUAUGAAAACAAUCGAAUAUGCUAAGUGCCUAUACUAAAUACAUGUAUGUAUAUAUAUAUAUAUUGAAAAUAUAUGUAUGAGUGUACAUAUAUAUAUUGAAAACUGUACAGUCCGCUCCACUGAGCCAAGGUCGCUGUUUUUGAUGUUAUCUCCUAAGUUUAUAAAACGGCUGCCCCACAUACCAUAUUGUAUACCAUAUUAUCGUAUAUAUACUAUACUAUACUAUACUAAAAUAUCAUUAAUUAUUUGUUAGUCUAUUGCUCGUAUCGACAGUAGCAAGUCCAGUGCCAGUGCCAGUUCUAGUUUCUUCUGGAUGUUUUGAAUUCUACUAUAGCUAGAACUAAAGCAACUGGUCUUUGACUGCCACCUUUGCUCAGUGGUGUGCCACAGUACAAUCACAACAAACACACACCCACUUGAAAUAUUGCAUAGCUUAUAGUUGGUCUGCCUCCCUUUUCACCACAUGCUCUCAUCCCUGCAUAGAUUUCAUUUUCAAAGCUCUCAAAUGGUUAUUAUUACGUUAGCGUGUCCGACUUGCGACUGCUUUAAGUGAUUUAUAAAUGGGAAGUAUCGCUGGGGGAAUGGCAGAAUGGGGAUAGUUCUGGGCGUCAUGUCAGCUGGUAGUCAAAAAUUCAGCACCCUUUAUUUUGAUGUGUGAUAUUAAUGCGAUUGACGGGGAAACGAAAUUCCCCGUCAAUUGCAAAGCGAAAAGUUGGAAUAUUGAUUGCCAGUUUUACUGUACUCACUCUGUAGCUACACGCUAGGCUAUUUAAAAAUCCCGGACGAGUGUAGAGGUAUAAAGUUAGCAAAACGAAACGAAAUGAUAAGUAAUUAAAAUGAUAAUGAUAAUGAUAUGAAGAAGGAGAAUCUAAAAUGAUGUGAAAGAGAUAAAAAGUGAAACAUUGUUGAUGUUGAAUAAUUUUAAGGCCAAAAAAAAAAAAUACAAACACAAAUGAAAGAAAUAAAUUAAUUAAUUAAAUUGUUAUUGUAAAGCCUCAGUUCUUAAGUUAUUUAUUUUGUACGUUUAAGCAGCGCAUAUGACACUGAAGAAUGACACGUGUGACACCUUGUUAAAUAUACUAUACAAAACAACUACUGAUAACAACAACAACAACAACAAUAAUAAUAAUAAUACACGCCCUCUAAAACACACACUAUAUAUAUAGAUAUAUGUAUGUAACUAUCCUCAAUACACACACACCCACACACACACACCCACCCAUACACAACACACAACCACAAACACUUUCAAAAGCAAAAAACCAGCCAGAACUAAAGAAUUUUCUUGUUUGUUUUAUAUACAUAUUUAUAUAUAUAAAUCUUUAUAUAUAUAUAUAUCAAAUUGUCGUGCAGAGUCAUUUCAAAUAGCUUUCAAGACAUUAUUAUUAUUAUAGAUACUAUAUUAUUUGAUUUUAUUUAUUAUUAUUGGAAGAGUUUUAGCCUUUCACAAGGGCGGCAGAGAAAUGCCCCCAACUAUUAUUUCAUUUGGCACUGCCACUAAAUUCUGUAUAUAAUAUGUCAAUAACUGAACAAUACAAGUUUCGGAUGUGGGUAUAAAGAAUUUUGUAGAAUAAUCCCCGAUAAAUACCUAAUAUAUGUAUAUCUGUAAUAGAAGCCCGCUUUAUCUUUCCUUCAUUCAUUUGGCACUGCCAUUAAUAUUUCAUAUUAACAAUUUUAGUUAUAGACGAUUGAUAUUCUUGCUUAAUUUUAUUGUUUUUGCAAAACGCCCCUUGUGAAGGGCGUUAAAUUAGUUAACUUUUCUUGUUUUCGAUGAAGUUGAAGUGUUUAAUCAUUUUUUAUUUUUUUUUUUUUUUGGUUUUCUGUUUAAAUUAAUUGCAUAGAAAAGCUUACGCACAUUGUUAUCACUAAAAGAAGAAGAAUACAAAAGCAAAAAACAACAAACAAAAAAAUAACAAAAACAAAACGAGAAUGUCUGUUAAAGCGAAAGCAAACAAUGUAAUAAUAUAUCAAGAGUAUAUGAUUAAUAUUAUUAAUUGUACCAACAUUGAUAAUUGUAAAGUAAAACAAAAACAUGGUUUAUAAAAUUGCAUAUGACUAAACUAUAAACUAAAAAAGAAACCUAACUAUAACUAAACAAUAUCCCUAUGCAGAAAGAAAAAUUAUAAAUAAAUUAUAAUAAACAAUACCAUUACACUGAGAGACAACAAAAAAAAAACAACAACAACAAAAGCCGCAAAUCAUUUUCAUUUUUUCUGUAUAGUUAAGAGUGAAAUUUUGUGCUCGUUUCAGUAUAGAAAUUUAUACUAACGAGCUAAAAUAAAAGAAAAACAAAAAACCAACUGAAAAAGAGAAAAACCAUCUAAUGAAAAAUCAUAAAUGCAUAUUUUAUUUUAUUGUAUGUAUCAUAUAAACGAGAAUCAAAUAAAAGAGAAAAACCAGAAAACAAAAAUGCGCAUAUGUAGAUUAAAUGUAGUUAGCUGAAGAAAAAAAAAAGGAAUCGAAGCGAUAAACGAAAUUUGAUUAUGAUGAUAACGAUGAUAACAUGUCAACCAAUAAAACAUUUAACCAGCAAAUGCUGUACACAACA